CACAGGUUGUGAUCGUGCACCGCCCAACUCUAGAAACUGUCCCCGUGCUCGGCCUAUUAGCAUUGAUGGACCCCAUUUCGUUUGCAGUCGAUGUGACCGCGUGUUCGCCUCUAAGCAGGCUUGUGAUCUUCACGCCCGCUGUCAUAACGGUGAAAAAAAGUUCAAAUGUGCUCUGUGCUCUGUUAGUUUUGUACAAAUGAAUUCUCUCAAACGCCACACAGUCGCCAUCCACGGGAUUGUGCCGGAACCAACCUAUCUGGACAAUGCGGACGAUAAGGAUUUCGAACUAACUGAUGACAUGAAUUCAGAUAGUGACGACAGUUCUACUGGUAAACCGCACCGUACAUCCCACCCCCGGAAACGUCGGGCAAGCGAGUUUGACCAUGUGCUGCCAAAUCCUAGAGGUCGUAAGAAGCGGCCUGCUGGAUGGCUCCAGACCUUGGAGGAUCAACUAGGUCGCUGCAAGGAGAACAAACCCAUACCUACGCCAAACAUGUUUGAGGAACCAGGUCCUACUGAACUUCGCCAGGAAAUCCGUUAUCGGACCAUUUUGCCCCGACCUUCGCGUAGUGGUGUAACAGAUGCCCCGAAACCAAUUACUAUAAAUCGCCCUCGACGAACCCGGCGAACCCAUCGAACUGACCGCUCCUCUUUGAACCGUGACAGUCGUAGUGAUAUCCUAACUCCGAUGCUUCGUGAUACUCUGGUGCGGGGAACUAGGUUGUCUGAGACGUCAGAUCUAACCGCGAUUGGCAAUCAGAAUCCCACCAUGUAUGUCACUUCAUCCACUGUACUUCCCAACCUGGUUGCGCUUGAUGCACAGCAUGGGCAAUAUGCUGUCUCCUAUUGUGACUUGGAUUCAGUAACCCGAACUGAGGAGGUUUCCGUUAGUGCAAAGCCAGCUCAUGUCCUUACAGUUGCAGCUGCCUUUGUAUCCCAACUUCCGGCUGGAGCAUGUCCCGGUUCUACUACAGAGAAUCACCCUACUGGUUCAGAUGCAGAUGGAAACGAUGAUGCGUCUACUACUGCACCUGCUGCAGUCUAUUCGCUUCCUUCAGGUGUGCCUGGCAUACAAAUAUAUCCGUCCGUAUGGCAGCAACCUGAACAACUUGCUGGCGACACAACAACCACACAAUUUACCGUCACUUCUCAGUCCGACACCGGUGAGGCUCUUUCAUUUGGAAACCCUGAAUAUAUCCAGUCGAAUGCUGUCCUUCCUACCAAUACAACUGUUGCACAACAACCUGUACGGCUGUAUCCAGUCCUUGGACCGGACGGUCAAACCACACUCUACUACCUUGCUACCCCGGUGGAGUGCUUACCGAAUGUAGUUGUGGACAAUGUGGACCAGUCGAAUGGCUCGUUCACUGUCAGCUCACCGGAGAACUACUAUACACAUUACUCUCAUCCGACAAUCGCUUGGGUAUCCGACGCAACACCUGCGAACCCGCAACCUUUUCAAAAUACCAGUACCAGUAGCGCGAAUUCCCUUACCUCGACUACUGACCCAGGUGACUCUCAUCGAGCUUCUCUCGUUACGGAAACUUCACAAAACCCGGACACUACGAUUGAACAUGCUCCUGAAAAUGGCUCUGUCGCCUAUGAAGAUCGAACACUGUCAAAUAGUGAUUCACCGUACGUUAGCCGACUUGUGACAUCGAUCUUCCCGGGUUACACCACAUCGCAUACGGCGAUUGCCGAAUUGCCAGAAACUAUUGAAGUGAUUGACUUGGACGCAUCGAAAUUCUCCUCGCAGUUCAACGAGAUUACGGUACCCGUCACAGUGAAUUCUGAGGGCUACCCUGUGGACCGUUGUUCCGUUGUCUACGAUAACACUGGAACAGAACUGGACACUAAGACUCCUGUGUUUACCUCAACAGCACCUAUGAAUAAAGCCCAGACGAACGGUAGUCAAGAUUUUUGUCUCGUGGUUGCGUCGUCUGUGCCUCCACUAGAUCACAUCUCCUGUGAAGCUGAAACGCAGGAUACUGUUGUGUUUGACUCAACAACCCAUGUGGUCUGAGCGGCGUUAUCUAACAGUCCUUGGUGAAACAACGUACGAUCCGGUUCAUGGCUGCUUGUAUCUUUGGUACACAGCCGUCUUCACGCAUUCCCCCAAAUUUAUUCAGACCUAUUCAGGUAUUCGUGUUCUGAUUUGAAGGAGUCGUUUUUUCUGUCCUGUUCCUCUCCGUCCAUAACAACGAUUUCUGAGUUUAUUUCCUCUCGAACAAGGCGUCAUCACGUUAUGCACUCCAUUAUUCUAUCUUCCUUCACACUAUUUUAGCACCCAGUGUCCUCCCACUGCUGGCUAUCGUUUUUCACUUUGGCCAUUGUUAUUACCGUUUAUUAAUUCGCGUUUGAAGCACAACUGAACUUUUUCGUUUUCUUUUUGGAUGCUCUAUCUUGGCGAAUUUUAAGGGGUACAAAACACGUUCAUUGGCUGUGACUGUUGACCAGUUCGGGUCGGUUACAUUUCAGCUGCUGGCAGCAUUUAUUCCGCAUUUUCCGAUAAUCGGACCUCGUCAAAGUUGUUGUUGUCUCUUUCUUUCAUACGAGAUAUUAUCAUUUCACAGCGUUCUUCAUUAUUUUCCUUGUAACUUGUGAGCCAGUUGAGCUACUUGGUAAUUUGGAACCAUGAGGAUCAUGCAGCAAGUUCGGCAUAGGUUCCAAGGGUCGAUUGGUUGGUGCUGCGCAAGUUCUCUGGUAGCUUUCUCUGGUUUUCCUAUCUUUCUGUCUUGUAUAUACUUAUGUGUAUUUAAGCCUCACGUCGACAAUCUCAACCUUAAUAUCUUGUCUUGUUGUUCGAUAAUUUGCAACUGAUUUACGAUACGUUCACAAAAUUGUUCCCGAUUCCAUUUCAUUCUUUCCCACUUGGGCUUUUUUAGUCUUGUGAAUUGCUUUUACGAACCAUUCUUGGCACUGUUAUGACGCAGACUGAAG